UUUCUUCUUCUCCAAGCUCAGCAUACUUUAUUAGAUUCAGAUCAGAUCGUAGAUCAGUUAAAUUCCAGUAUCAAUGGCGACGAAGAAGAGCGUUGGAUCUCUGAAGGCGGCCGAUCUCAAGGGGAAGAGGGUCUUCGUUCGCGUGGAUCUGAAUGUCCCACUCGAUGACAACCUCAACAUCACCGAUGAUACCAGGGUUAGGGCUGCAGUUCCCACGAUCAAGUACCUCAUGGGUCAUGGCGCCAAGAUCAUUCUCUCUAGCCAUCUCGGACGUCCAAAGGGUGUAACCCCGAAGUACAGCUUGAAGCCCCUUGUACCUAGGCUGUCUGAACUUCUUGGUGUCAAUGUUGGGAUGGCCAAUGACUGUAUUGGGGAGGAAGUCGAGAAAAUGGUAGCUGCACUACCAGAAGGAGGGGUUCUACUUCUCGAAAACGUUAGGUUCUACAAGGAAGAAGAGAAGAAUGAUCCAGAAUUUGCAAAGAAGCUAGCAUCUCUUGCUGACCUCUAUGUAAAUGAUGCCUUUGGCAGCGCUCACCGAGCCCAUGCUUCAACUGAAGGGGUGACCAAGUUCUUGAAACCAGCUGUUGCCGGCUUCCUCAUGCAGAAGGAGCUUGAUUACCUUGUUGGCGCUGUAUCAAACCCCAAGAGGCCUUUUGCUGCGAUUGUUGGUGGUUCCAAGGUAUCAUCAAAGAUUGGGGUGAUAGAAUCACUGCUGGAAAAGGUGAACGUACUUCUGCUUGGAGGAGGAAUGAUAUUUACGUUUUACAAAGCACAGGGGCACUCUGUUGGCUCCUCCCUUGUGGAAGAAGACAAGCUUGAUCUCGCUACAGCACUCCUUGAGAAGGCAAAGUCUAAAGGAGUAUCACUCUUGUUGCCCACUGAUGUUGUUAUUGCCGACAAGUUUGCUGCUGAUGCAAACAGCAAGAUCGUACCAGCAUCUGCAAUCCCUGAUGGUUGGAUGGGCCUUGACAUUGGACCUGACUCCAUCAAGACAUUCAGUGAAUCCUUGGACAGUACCAAGACCAUUAUCUGGAAUGGACCCAUGGGAGUCUUCGAAUUCGAGAAGUUUGCAGCGGGAACAGAGGCCAUUGCAAAGAAGUUGGCUGAGCUGAGCGGCAAGGGUGUGACAACCAUCAUAGGAGGUGGUGACUCUGUUGCAGCUGUUGAGAAAGUGGGGCUCGCUGACAAGAUGAGCCACAUCUCCACCGGUGGUGGUGCCAGCUUGGAGCUGCUUGAAGGCAAAACUCUUCCCGGUGUUCUUGCGCUUGACGAUGCUUGAAUCAAUAAAGAUCUCUCAUGGCUUGUUUUAUCAUGUACUCCCCUUAAGGUAUGCUGGGUUUUUGUUAAGAGAGGAGCAGACUCUGAUAGUUUUGUCCGAAAUAACUUCCGAGUGGUGGAUCCUUGACGUCUUUUAUAGGUGUGUUAAUAAGUUUUGAUGCUUUGAGAUGCUUAGACAGUUAAACUGCGAGGAGCAGUUUUGUAAGCUUCCUUAUGAUUAUGUCAGAUAAGUUUUGGUUGCUCCUA